UGCAGUGUCACGGGCCACAGCGUAUCCGGAUAGGGAGCCUCUGGCAAGAGCGGUGCGGGAACCGGCACCCACCACUGGAGGGGCGGCGACAGCGGCAGAAGCGACCUAGAGAGUUGAGUGGAGCCGCCAUGGCCGAGUUCCAGUCAAAAGUGAGCAGGUGGACUAGCAGUCCUGCGCAGGGCGCCGGAGCCUCUGUGUCCACGCUGCGCAUGGACCUGGGCUUUGUGCGCUCCCGCCUCAGGGUGUUCAUGCUGCUGCAGCUGGUGCUGGGGCUGCUGGUGUGGGCCCUGAUUGCAGACACCCCGUACCACCUGUACCCGGCCUAUGGCUGGGUGAUGUUCGUCGCUGUCUUCCUCUGGCUGGUGACAAUCGUCUUAUUCAACCUCUACCUGUUUCAGCUGCACAUGAAGUUGUACAAGGUGCCCUGGCCACUAGUGUUAAUGAUCUUUAACAUCAUUGCCGCCAUGCUCUAUGUCACCGCCUUCAUUGCCUGCUCUGCGGCAGUUGACCUGACGUACCUAAAGGUCACGCAGCCGUAUAACCAGCGUGCGGUUGCCUCGUUCUUUGCGUGUUUGGUGAUGGUCGCCUACGGAGUGAGCGCCUUCUUCAGCUAUCAGGACUGGCGAGGAGUAGGCAGCAGUGCGUGCCACAGCUCCCCCUGGGGCUGA